CGAGCUCAAACCCCUCGCGAUGCCGUUGCCGCCGUCGUCGUUCUGACUGUUCAACCCUCUCUCUUUCCGAGGCGAGUCUUUAUCGCUCUCGUCUUUCUUGUCGCUCUCUCCCUCUCGCUGCUUAUCCUUAGGUCUCUCGCGGCCGUUACAAUCUCUCAUAGGUUCACGCUGGUUCGUGCCUACACGCUCACUCCCCUCGCGGUUACAUCGCGUUAUCGCGCAUUCGAAGCGCUCGCAAACGAGUUUUUCGGGUCGAUUAUUUGAGUUUUUGCAAGAUGUUGGGUUUUCACAGAAGAACGAGGUCUUUAAUACCGGUCAAGGAUUUGGGCAAAUAUGAUAAGGUCGCUAUGGUCGAGGAAGAGGAGGAGCGGGAUGUAGAGGAAGAGAUGGAGAGUCACAGCGCGCCAGACGGUGCGGAUAAGUCGCGGCGGAUGCAAUUGAUGCUGGUAUACCUCAUCUUUCUUGCUGAGGCCAUCAUGGCAUCAAGUCUCCAACCACAGCUCCAAAUGCUCCUCUCGUCCUCCGACUACUGCGGCACCCUCUCUUCCUCAUACCUCCGAAGUAUACUCGACUGCGCAUAUGCAUUUGGUGGAACAACAGGUCUAUUCUGGGGAUACCUCGCCGACCGCAUGGGAAGACGGCGCGUUACGCUCAUCGGGCUCUGGAGCAUGUUCGCAUGCUGCUUGAGCAUGGGAUUCGCGACCAGUCUCGUCAGCUGCACAAUCUUUCGCUUCUUCGCUGGCAUGGUCAGCUCAGCCAUCGUAUGCACAACCCUGACCAUGAUUGGAGACUUGAGCACAUCGGCAGAGGAGAGGGCGAAGAACGUCGCCCGGCUACCUACUAUUUCCCUUGGUGGCUCCAUGGGCCCGAUCAUGCAACUCAUGGUAUCGGAGAGCCUCCAGGCAUACAACAUGGUCUGGCAAGACUACCCAACCCUGGGCUCUGAGCUAGCCUGCGGAGCCGUACUGUUCGGCAUCGCGCUCACGGCGAGUAUCUGCCUCAAGGAAACGCUUCCCCACCACAACGACCGCUCAGCAGACCCCAUCGACAUGGACUGUGAAAAGGCCGCCUUCCUCCGUCGUGACUCGGAAGACACCAACGUCACCCUCGUCGACUUUGCUCGCCCAGACCCCAUCACCAUCUCCCAAUUCCUCCAAGCACCCUCGCUCAUGGUUCUCCUCUCCUCCUUCUGCCUCCUCUCGCUCCACGCCUCGACAUUCGACGUCGUCCUCCCCCACCUCGGACACAGCAGCACAGACCAAGGCGGCAUGGGCAUCUCCUGCGAGUGGCUCAGCAUCGUCGUCCUCUGUGUCCGCGGCAUGGCCGGCAUGGUACUGUUCUACGCCAUCCCCUACGCAACCGAGAAAUACGGCCUGGUCAAACUAUACCGCUCUGUCUCCGCCAUGCUCCCCGCAACCUACGUCCUCACACCCAUCCUCGCCAUCGUAGUCACCUGCUCCGGCCUCGAGCCCGUCAUCUCCACCUUCUCCAUCUUCGCGCAACACCUCCUCACCGGCGGCGCAAAUGUCGUCGUGUCCCUCCUCGUCCUCAACACCACACCCGAUGCCUUCUCCGCCGGCACCGUCGUCGGCAUGAUGCAAAUCGCCAGCCUCUUCAAGGCUUUCGCCGUCGCAGUCAGUGGAACAAGCUACUACUUCAGCGACGACCUCAGCGUGCAAACAACAAACUUCGCUCUGUGGACUUGCCUCGCACUCUUCGGCAUCGUAGGUGCGGGUCUAGCGUGGUUCGUCCGCGAGCGACCGAGUGUGGAGAAGGAUUUCCCCAGCGAGGUUCUCUGCUGGGAGACGUGCUUUGAUGCUGAUGCUGAGAAGCAGUUUAGUUUGGAGGAUGUCCAGGAGGUUUGAUUGAUACACCAUCGAUGUUGGGAUAUCAUCAUCAUCAUCUUUCAGUUGUAUGUCUUGAUGUACCAAUAGCGCGUCGACAUUGUGUGUUUUCUUUUUCUUUCGUUUGUCUGUAGUGUGUUCUGCUGUUUAUCCAUCGGUCUCCUUGUGUUGGUAUCCGCACUCUGCUUCUUGGGUUGUAUGAGUAUAUAGCAAAACAUCGUAUUCUGGUUCAUGAGCCAGCCAUCUGCCUUGACAAA